AGAAUUAUUGCAACAGGCGCAUCUUUUAUGGUGGGAGCAUUCUCUGAGUGCUGUUUGUUAUAUGACACCACGAAGGGAUAACAAUGACGAAGGGGAGGAUGAGGAUUUGAGAGCUUAUGAAGUGGAUGGAUGGAGAGUCGGUUUUGAAGUUGAAAUGAACGGUGUUGGUAUUGCUGGAGGUCCAGAUGGUGAUGGUGAUUCAGACUUCACUGACUCAGACGAAGAAUCUGCUGAUGGAGACGAACCCCUAGAGGCUUCUCCCUAUGCCGAGUACCAGGCUCUCCCUAUGCAGGUCGAAGACCCUGGGGAUGAGACUGAAGAGGACAGAAAUGAAGGUGCUGGCUCAAACACGGUAGAACCUUCUACAUCAAUCAGCGCCUUUGUCAGUCCACCCAUACGGAAGGAAUUUGAGAAGCUGCUCCAAGAAAGCUCCAUGUCUAUGAAAAAACCCACUGAUGAGAUUAUCCCACACCAGCCAACAAAUAUAACUCUAGAUGCGGACAAAAUUGAAACUAUCCGAACAGCAAUGUUGGGUUUCACACUUCCUCCGCCUCCACAUAUGGCUAACUUGGAUGAUCGCCAGCUUACCUUUUCCGUCCAGAAACUUUUACACUUGAAAAUCUGUGCUAUUUCUUCGGACACCUGCUGGUCACUUGAGAUUGACUUGGUCGUCUUCCCAUCCUCACAUUGCCUAUACCAAAUAAUCCACUGUUUUGAAGCGCUCUGCGCAUGUGAUCAUUUUCCUUUCCUUUGA